AUGUCAACUGAACAAAAGAAAUGGAAGAUGGGUGGUGAUAAACCAAUUAGAGUAUACGUAGAUGGUUGUUUUGAUGUAGGUAUUUUCACUAAUAAUAAUGAUUUGAUGCAUUUCGGUCAUGCCAAUGCCAUGAGACAAGCAAGAGAGUUGGGUGAUAUUUUGGUUGUCGGUGUUCACACUGACGCGGAAAUCGCUAGAAACAAAGGUCCACCAGUCAUGAAUGAACAAGAGCGUUAUAAGGCUGUACGUGCCUGUAAGUGGGCCGAUGAAGUUGCUGAAGGUGCACCAUACACUGCCACUGUCGAACUUCUCAAGCAAUUAAACUGUGACUUUUGUGUACACGGUGAGGAUAUCUCUGUCGGUGCCGAUGGUAAAGAUGUCUACGAAACCAUUAAGAACUCUGGAAUGUUUAGAUAUAUCAAGAGAACUGAAGGUGUUUCAACUACAGAGUUGGUAGGUCGUAUGUUGUUGUUGACAAAGGAUCAUCUCCAAGGUGUCAACACUGUUUCCAAUCCAUUGAAUGCCGUCAACACCAAAGAUCUCCACAGAAUCUCACCAUACACUAGUUUGUCACACUUUUUACCAACCACCAGAAAGAUCGUUCAAUUCUCUGAAGGAAAGUCACCAAAGCCAAACGACAAAAUCGUCUAUAUGGAUGGUGGUUUCGAUGUAUUCCAUGUAGGUCACACCGAAGCUUUGAGACAAGCCAAGGAAUUGGGUGAUUUCCUCAUUGUCGGUGUUCACGAUGAUGCCGUCGUCAACGAACAAAAGGGUUCAAACUUCCCCAUUAUGAAUCUUCACGAACGUGUACUUAGUGUAUUAUCUUGCAGAUAUGUAGAUGAAGUAGUUAUUGGAGCACCAUUCAACGUUACAAAGGAAAUGAUUGAAGGAUUACAUAUUAAUACAGUUGUACACGGUGACGACCCAGUCAUCUCUAGAGAUGGUUUGGACCCAUACAAAGUUCCAAAGGAAUUGGGAAUCUACAAAGAAAUUAAGCACACAGAAGGUCUCACAACCACUGACAUCAUUCGUAGAAUCAUCGACAAUCGUAUUCAAUUCGAAGCAAGAAACAAAAAGAAGGAACAAAAAGAAGUUACUUUUAUUCAAAACAAUUAA